AGAAAUUCAAAAGAACAGCAAUGGAAAGCACCUCGAAUAAGGAAGAGCAAAACAAUCAGGAUGAUUCAGAUUCUGAAAUAGACGAGCUAGAGCCCAGGCUCAAGUAUGUCAGGAUGCGAAACGAUCUGGAGCACAUAUUGCAAAAUGAUGCAGCCAGCUGCAUUGCUGUGCAUCCUAAGUUCCUGUGUCUGGGCUCUCAUUGGGGUAUGAUCCACCUAUUAGAUCACCAAGGGAACAAUAUACAGUCCAAAAGUUUACAAGCUCAUACUGUUGCUGUUAAUCAAAUCUCUAUAGAUCAUAACGGAGAUUUCAUUGCAUCGUGCAGUGAUGAUGGAAAAAUUUUUAUAUACGGCCUUUAUAGCAAAGAGAAUAAUCAUAACAUGAGCAUGGGCAGACUGAUGAAAAGUAUUGCCAUAGAUCCAAAUUAUUAUAAGGGUGGUAGUGCAAGAAGGUUCAUCACAGGGGAUGAUAAACUGGCUUUGUAUGAAAAGACUUUUUUAUCCAGAAUGAAAUUUACUUUAUUGUGCGAGGCAGAAGGUGGACUAAGAUCGGUUGCAUGGACUGGACAUUUUGUAGCUUGGGCAUCCGACACAGGUGUUAGGGUUUAUGAUCUCAAUGCAAGAUGUUCAUUAGGUCUAAUGAAAUGGACCAGGUCGGCAGAUGCGGUACCAGAACACUAUAGAUGUAAUUUGAGGUGGUCAGACAGUAGAACAUUAUUAAUUGGGUGGGUUGACAUAGUUAGAAUUUGUCAAAUUAGGAAAAGAUCUUUACAGGAAAUGGUUAACAGAAAUCUACCAGAAUAUGGAGUGGAUUCAGUUGCUACAUUCCAAGUGGAUUUUUACAUUUCUGGUAUUGCACCAUUAGAGAAUCAACUAGUAUUACUGGGAUGUCUGAAAGAAUUAGAUGAAAAUGGAAAGAGUCAGAGACCAACGUUACACGUUGUUGAACCAAAGUGUCAAGAUUUCUCUAUUGUCUGUGCAAAUUCUCUCACACUUCGUGGUUAUAAGGAGUACAGUUGUAAUGAUUAUCAUUUAGACUGUUUAAAGGAAGAAAAUAGGUUUUUUAUUGUGAGCCCAAAGGACAUUGUUGUAGCUAGCUUGUACGAUGCGGAUGACAGAAUCGAAUGGUUAUUGAGUCACGGAAAAUUCGAACAAGCAUUAGAAGCAGUAACAAUAAAUAAUGGCAAAAAUUGUAAAAGGCACACUUUAGUUAAUAUUGGUCGUGUAUAUUUAGACCACUUAUUAGCAUGUGGGAAGUACGACGAGGCAGGAAAACUUUGCUUGAAGGUUCUAGGAAGGGAUAAAAAAUUAUGGGAGGAAGAAGUAUAUAAAUUUGCGAGGGUUCAUCAACUGAGAUCCAUUUCUUCCUACCUUCCAAGAGGUGUAGUAACAUUAGAUCCAUCGAUCUACGAAAUGGUUCUGUAUGAAUAUUUAAAAAUGGAUCCUAAGGGUUUCCUUCAGUUAGUCAAGGAGUGGUCCCCAACGUUGUAUAACGUUGCGGCUGUUCUGAACGGUGUUCUAGAGCACCGUCUGGUUAACAGUCAACAAAACGUACUUUUAGAAGCUUUAGCCAUUUUAUACAUUCAUGACGAGAAGUACGAUAAAGCGUUAGCCGUGUACUUGCAAUUGAGGCACAAAGAUGUGUUUAAACUUAUAAAAAAGUACCAGUUAUACCAUACCGUUUGUGAUAUGAUAGAAGGCUUGAUGGAUUUGGAUGCAGAACAAGCGAUAAAAUUAUUUUUGGAUAAAGUGCCAUCAGAAAUUGUUGUACAUGGAUUGCAACAUAAUCAACGAUAUUUAUACUUGUACUUAGAUGAGCUGGAUAAGAAAGAUACAAAAGAUUCAAAGGGCAAAUACCAUGGAUUACUAGUUCGACUCUAUGCAGAUUAUUGUCGAGAUAAAUUGUUGCCACUUUUACGACGAUCCAAUAGUUACCCAAUACAACAGGCAUUCGAUAUUUGUAGCCAGCGACAAUUUUAUUCAGAAAUGGUAUAUUUGCUUGGUAGAAUUGGAAACACAUCCGAAGCAUUGGCGCUUAUGACAGGGAAAUUAAAUGAUAUGGAGAGUGCAAUUGCAUUUUGUCAAGAACGAAAUGAUGAGGAAUUGUGGAAUGAUUUGAUUAAGUAUUCUCUGGACAAACCUCAAGCAAUAACGUUCCUUCUUCAGAAAAUAGGCACAUAUGUAGAUCCUAGUCUAAUGGUACUAAAAAUAAAACCGUCUUUAGAAAUUCCUGGUUUAAAGAAAGCUUUAGUCAAAAUGAUGUGUGAUUAUAAUCUUCAAGUGUCCGUGCAAGAAGGUUGCAAAAAGAUUUUAUCUAAUGAUUAUUUUAAUUUACACGAAAGGCUGGUUAAAUGCCAUCAGAAAGGAAUAUUUAUUGAUGAUGAUCAAAUGUGCGUAUAUUGCAACAGGAAAAUAAUUGUAAGAGACCCAAGGAACUUAGUUAUAUUCUAUUGCAAACAUUCGUUUCACCAAGAUUGUUUACGGAAAUCCGAACUAGUGGAAAAUUGUGUCAUAUGCAACUCACAGAAGGAUACAUCUCCUGGCAGAAAAUGAUAUAGACAGUGCAGUUUAGACGUUGCCGAAGUGAUAACUUUCGUCCCCCAG